GACUGUUGACGUUUAUGAAAUGCUAUAUCAAAGCCCUUGAUUGAUUUACAAGAUUAUGAAUCUAAUGAGUUGAAGCCAUUCACUUGACUUAAAUUAAUUAUAAAGUUAAUUACCCUAAAGUGGGGACUAAAAACUUUAAGGAUGACCGAUUAUAAGGAAGAGCAGAGAAACGAAAUUGAAGCACUGCAGUCGAUUUAUCCAGAUGAAAUCGAAAUUGUUGAAGAAGAGCCAUACCAUGUUUUCCAACUGACUGUGAUGCCUCAAGAUGCUGAAAAUUUUCCUGAUCAUGCAAUGUCUGCAGUGAUACAGUUUACAUACACAAAAAACUACCCAGAUUCAGCACCAUUAAUGGAGUUUGAAUCUACUGAGAACAUGGAUGAUGCACAACAAGAAUCUCUCAUGGAUUUUAUGAAAGCUCAGGCUGAGGAAAAUCUUGGUAUGGCAAUGAUAUUCACCAUAAUAUCAGCAGUACAAGAGAGAAUGACAAACAUGAUGGAACAAGCAGCCAAAGAUGAAGAAGAAGCAGCUGAAAGAAAAAAGAAGUCAGAUGAAGAGGCUGAAAGAAAACGCUUUGAGGGUACAAGAGUCAAUGUUGAGUCAUUUAUGGCUUGGAAAUUAAAGUUUGAUGCAGAAAGGGCUGAGAUGAGAAGGUUAAAAGGCCUUUCAGAUGGUUCAUCUAAAAAACCAACAGGUAAAGAACUGUUUAUGGCUGAUCAGUCUCUUUACGACUCUGAUGUUAAAUUUUUGCAAGCAAUGGGAGACACACUGGAAGUGGAUGAAUCUUUAUUUGUCGAUAUGGGAGAACUAGACUUAGAAGAUGAUGAUGACGAUGAUGAUCCAGAUUACAAACCAGGAGAUGAUGAUGACUGACUCAAAUUUAUUGCCUAGUCUAUGUGAUUUUACUUUUUUAAAUCUGGAGGAAUAAAUGGUGUAAAAAUA